AACCCGGAAGUAGUAAAGCAAGCACGAGCAGUCGUUUCGGAGGAUGAAAAUCAAAACAAAGAGAUGGGACCUUUACAACUCAACAUAUUUCAGAGGCUGAAUGAAGUAUGUAUUUUGUGAAAACAAAGAAACUAUUUGACCAACAAGAAUGCAAAGAACUUCAAGCAAAAAAGGAGAAAAUAGCUGAACGACAACAAAAAGAUGGAACGAGUUCAGCAGCCGUAUCCAGUCCCACAAAAAGGGGCAAGAACGAGAAAAGUGACAGCAAUGGUUUUCUGGAAGACGAACUCCCAGACGGGGCAUGCUUUCGGCCUAAAGUUAUUGCUUCAGAAGUAAAUAAUGACAAUGACGUGUCCGCUGUCAGAUCAGCAGAGUACAUUGGUUCGUUUUCUGUGUCAGGAAGUGAUCAAAAUGCCAGGACAGAGUUUGUACAAAAAGAAAUGGAAAAAAUGAGGACACCAGAUAAAAGUAAGAAUAUCAUGUUGGUGAUUUCAUUGACUGGUGUGAAAGUCUGUAGCAGUAAUGGGGAGAGUGUGUUUAUGGCUCAUGCUUUGAAGAGAAUUUCUUAUGCUACCUGUGAACCAGAGUUUCGUCAGUUCUCCUUCCUUGCCAGAGAACCUAAGGGACACAUCGACAGCCAGUUUUGUCAUGUUUUUAUGACAAAAACUCCAGAUGAGGCAGAAGAACUGAACACUUUGAUUGGUAAUGCAUUUAAGAUGGCAUAUGCACAACAGAGAGUGAAACAACCAACAUUUAACGAACUGAUAGAGAAACAGCUUGUUGAACAGAAACAGAAAUAUCAAGAAUACCAGGAGCAUGCUCAGAAGAUGUUUCAACAACGACUGCAAGAGAUAGCCACUCCCACACCGUUCUCUGAGAGAGCUCAACAACACAUGGAAAUGAGACGGCAGUCAAGUAGUGAAGAUACAGCUGAUAAUAGGGACAUAAUCUCAGGAAAAAAUAAUAAAUUAUGGUCUACAACGAACCGGUACCCUACACAGGCCAAACACCAAGUUGACAGAAUAAAACAUAGGACCCCUGGACUAGAUAAUCCUCAGGACCAACAAUCAGGCCCAGCCCCCACCACAUCACCACCACCAAGGCCACUGUCAGAUGCACCAUCAUCAAACUUGUCAAGGCCUCAGUCUGAAAUUUUUGUUAAUUCUACACCUACUGGGAGACCUCAGUCUGAAGCCUUUAUCAAUUCAACACCAACUGGAAGGCCUCAGUCAGAAGCAUAUACAAAUUCAGGGCCAACGGGAAGGCCUCAAUCGGAGGCCUAUACCAAUUCAACGCCAACUGGAAGACCUCAGUCUGAGGCUUUCCCCAUUAAUUCACGAUAUAUUAAUCAAAGUGGUCCAAAACGUAACAUUACACCACAGACUUCACCUAUACAUCAAAACACAACCUCAAGUAAAAGGAGCUCGUACGCGAACACAAAUAAUUCUAGGUCCCCACCACAUCAAAGGAUCUGUUCACCAGGGAGAGUUUCAAAUGGUCAGAGUGAACGAACUAUGAAAAGCUCACCAGUUCACAAGAGAGUAUGUUCACCAAGAAGGAAUUCUCCAACAAGAUCUACAGGAUCUGUUCGUAGUUCAUACGAUAAUGUUAGUACUUCAUCGCGAUCUCAGACUGCAAACUCACGUAAUUCUCCGGUGGAUACGUUAGCUCAGUUACGAUUUGACCAAUCAAACAAUUCCAAUAAAGGAAAAGGUUCCCCAGUGACAGCUCUAAAAGAAGCCAUUGAUCGUGGCUUUUUAAAUGACGGUCAUGCUAUUGCCCGUGACAUUGCCCAAUCGCAUGGAAUCUGUAUACAGGAUCCUAAUGAAUAUCUACAACCAAAGAACAGUAAAGAAGAAGAUAAGGCAAAUCCAAACCUCAUGGUCAAUCGUCCUUUACCUGCAAUCCCUAAAGAAACUGGUGCACAGAAUGGUCAUAGUGGUAAGACCAAAAACUGGACAAGUCUGGACGACGAUGCUCUCACCCCACAACACAGAGUUCAAAUGAGAAGAGACAAUCUGAGAGAUUCUCCUAAAAGACGUCAACCACGCCCACACAGUGAAGUUUUUGCAGAUCAUAAAUUUGUGGACCUAGAUGGACCUGGUUGUUAUAUGUAUGGAUCAAGGUCACAAGUUCAUCAGCAAGUUGCAAGGUCAAGAUCAAGUGAAGGUCAGCAACAGAAACUGCAAAACUAUGGUCUACAGCUACAGAUGCAGUAUCAAUCUGGUCCCCUGUCUAGUCAAAUGAAGUACCAGAAUGGAGGUGAAAGUUCAUAUGAAUAUGCUGAUGAAAGUGCCAUGUGUGAUAAGAACCGUCCAGGGCUUGAAGCUUUGAUGGGACUAGACAGAAGUCAUAUACAAGAUGAAACACUACGCCAUGCCUCCUGGUAUCAAGCAGGAAUACCAAGAGAAAUUGCCUUAGAGAUACUACAGCAAGAAGAUAUUGGUUCUUUCAUAGUACGUGAUAGUACGACACAUCCAGGAUGUUACGCUCUGUCGGUCAGAGUACCUAAAUACGACAACCCAACAGGCAUUUCACAUUAUCUUAUACUAAAAACACAGAGAGGGGUCAAAUUAAAAGGUUUAGAUAAAGAAUGGCCAGAUUUGUUAGCUCUAGUCACACAUCAUACAGUCAUGCCUGAAAUGUUACCAUGUACUUUAAGGCUGCCGCAUAAAUCUAAAAAUCCAACGUAUAAAGACAAUGAUAAAGAUGAGAAAGACGAAGAUCCAGACUAUCAGAGAUUAUCUGACUUUACAUCAAUGAUGGAAGCUCUUAAAAAAUGAGUAUUUAACAUCCAUUUGUGCUAUUGUUGAAUGUAGUCCUUGCUUCAGUGUACAAACCAAAUAUGUGCAUUCAUUCCUGUACUGGUAUCUACUGAUACACAAUUUCAAUGGAAAAAAGCAAUCAAAAAUAAUACCAGUCAUGUGUUGUUAGUGUUAUGCUUGUCUGAGGACUGAACAGAUCACCGAAAAAUUUAUGUGUAUGCUUAAACAUGUGUAAGGUUUGGAGGUAGAAGUUUUAUGUUCGUUAACCUUUCAUCAUAGAUAACAGAUACAGCUACAGCAAGGAACAUCUCGGAGGUAAAACUGAAGCAUCAUGCCGAAAGCACAGACCAUUAACAGCAAAGUCAUAAAGAAAAAAACUACAGCAAUAUUCUGUCAUAUCUAAGAUUAUUUUGUUAUUGUCAAUACUAAAAUCUUUUGGCAGAAUUUGGCAUUUAUAUUUUUGCAAAUUUCAUCUUUAAUAUAUGUACUGUACUGUAUUACAGAGUUAGAUGAACUAUUCUGAAAGGUCACAUUAUAUAUUUGCAAAGUCAUAAUGAAACUACUGUGGUAAAUUGAAAAUCCAUUCAUUAUAGUCACAAUAUAGUGCUUGUCUUGUUGUACAAUGUAAAAUAUUUACAAACAUACAUGUAUUAUACUCAUUGAUGUAUACAUAAGUGUAAAAUCCAUUGGAUUAAAAAAAAAAUACAAACAUGAGACAAUGUUUAUUUGGUGUGAGUGUAAUAGUUGAACUCCUAGUCAAAUAGUAACCACCUCAUUCAAUAGAAAUUCUCUUUUCUUUUUGAAGAAUAGGGUAUAUUUGUAACAUGAUAAGAAUGGAACUAAAAUAUAUAUACUACAUUCAGCUAGUACUGUUUUAAAUUGAGCAAUUUUCAACCAGAAAAAAAGAGAAAAAUGUUACAUUGUUUUGUAUUCUGUGAUAUGAUUGGCUAGAUAUCUAUAAUUCUGACCAAUCAUAUGGUUGGUUGUUUGUGUUAUGACAAUGUGAUUUAUUGUAAUCCACUGAAUCAGUUUUUAAUCAGAUUACAAAUGAUGUGCCAAGUGGAUAGGUGUGGUUUUAUGUGAUAUAAGUGUACAUAUGUUAUAUAUAUAUAUAUAUAUAUUAACGAGUUGUAGGAAUACAAUGUUUAAGAUAAGUUGCAAUCUUGGUAAUAAAUUUGUGUUAGAGUUGAACAUGGUUAAUUCCUGUUUAAGAUUACUAUAGUCUUACCAUACCAUUAUUGAAAAGUCAUUCUUCAUAAUUUGUUUAACUAACAAAAAAAAGGUAUGGAAUUUGGAAUGAACAUUUCAAAUUGCUACUGUUGCAAAUUACUACACAAAAAGAUAAGUGAAAAUUAUUUUUAUUUCGGGAUUGAUGAUAUUAAUUGCAGCAGAUGCUCAUUUCGACUCAACUUUUGUCUACAUGUAUGUUGAGAUUUUUAAAUGAAAAAAUUUCACUUUUAAAAAGUUUUUUUUUUAAAUAUGGACUAAGGGAGGAAACUCAGACUUAUAGAUAAAAUUCAAGUAAAUACUAUGAUGGUUUAAUUUCACAAGCCUUUACUUAUAAGGUACAAUAAUUGAAAAAGGUCUCCAAAUUAUCAUUAAAGGUUGUCUUUUUUACUCAAAACAGUUUUAUUGUCAACAAAAUAUACCAGGUUGUACAUAUGUAUAGUUGUGUAUAACUAAGUUAUUAUUUAUAUAAAAAUGUAAUGUUAUGGCUUCCUGAAAGUGAUAAUAAAGAAUUGUCACACCAGAAAUCCUAGUCAUGUUUUAAAUGCUGUGAAAAAUUGGUUGUUAAUUGAAUUUUAUUCAAAUGAGCAUGCUGCAUAAUACUAAACGCAGAUUUUACAUACUGAGGCAUACUUGGGACUAAAUGUAAAACUUUCUUUAAAUAUAGAGUAAAUAUUAAAUUUUACUUUUCUAUAAAUUUAUGAAAGUAGAUAUAUCUUUCCAUCUAUAGAUACAAACCAUCCUGUAUUUGACUCAAAGUUAUAUUACCAAUAAUGGUUCAUUUAAUUUCAAAUAAAAUAUAUUAUUCUUCAUUUGACUGAUAUUAAAUGAAACUUUUAUAUAAUUUUUGUAAUAUCCUAACCAUAAAUGAACCAAAACUUUUGAAUUUUGAUUUAAUUGCACCAUCAAAUACAUAACACAUAGGAGAAAGGGUAUUAUGUAGAAAUAAAACUGCUCAUAUAGAAAGUUAUUUUUGUUUUUCGUAUUUCUUAAAAAAGAAAUAAAGUUUGAUAAUAAAGCUGACUGCAUCCAAUUGUAAGUGAGUUAUGUCAAUGUGUAUCAUUUGUUGUUAAAUAUUUGACAGAUGUGUGCCUGAAAUAAAUAUUUAAAUUAACAAACCAAUUUUUUUCUUUAUUUUUCCAGUAGAAAUUGCUUUAAAUAAUAAGUACUAUAAGAAAAGUACCUAAUUUUAGCAUAAAAGGAUUGUUUUUAAUCUAUGACAUAUCAUGAAUUUUCUUUUCAUUUUUUUGAUAGAAAAUGCUACAUUUUAAGAAUCAUUAUAACUAUGAAUUUUAAAAGUUAAAAAAUAUUUUUAAUGGUUUUACUUCCAAAUACUACUGUGGAUUCAUUUUUUUUUAUGGGUAUUAAUUUUUUGUGGAUUUCUUAAACCUUUCAUAUUCCUGGAUAUUUAAUUUAGGGGUUUUUCCAGCCUAUUCAAAAUAUGUUAUUUGUUGAACCUUUUUUUUUGUUGAAAAAGUAGAAUUUGUGGUUCUUCUGUAUCCACCAAACCCACUAAAACUGUUAUCCAAUGAAAAAAAUGAAUCCACAUUAUAUAUACAAGACAAGUAACUUCAACAUUUUCCAGAGGUAGUGUUGAGUUAAGCUUUUGUAAUUAUUUAUCUUCAAUAUGCAUUGUUAUACUUCUAUUCUACUAUCUAGUAAGUUAUUGUUUUGUUUGUUGAAAAGAGAAUUCAACUUAAAAAGUUUUAAGUAUUAUCAACAAGUCAUCUUGCCUGAAUAAAAAUUUCAUGAAUUAUC